UAGUGCAAUUUGUUUCAUCCUUUUAAAAAAAAAAGAAGUUUUAAAGCGAAAAGUUCCGUUUGAGGCGUGUCAGAGUAACUUAUCCGUCGAUGAGGAAGAAAUUACACAGUAAUAUUCCGGGAGGAAGGGGCUGAUGACGUCUGAGGCAUACUUAAUGGGACUUAUUGAAAAAAGGGCAAGAGUCUCCAUUCAUGGAUAAAAAUCGGAGGGAACUGGAGGGGGGGUGAAAGUUGAGCAAAAAAAGGACAUGUGGACGAACGAAUAGGCCGUGCACGACCAAUCUCACCGACUAUUUUUUUUGUCCGCAAAAAGGCUAUUCUUUGUUUUGUUGUUUGUUUGUUUUUAGCAGCUACUUAUUGUAUAAAAGUCAAAGGCGGUUGAUCAGGACGAGCCCAUCAGGAAACGGCGUUUCAGAGAAGAGGUGCCGUGAGAAAGAUUACCUCGUCUCUCUUUCUCUCUCUCUCUCUCUCUCCCUCUCUCUCUCUCUCUCUCUCUCUCUCACACACACACACACGCUCAGCAGCCGCACCCGAAGCGCGUCCCGCAGCCUCGCUCUCUGUUCAACCUGCCGUAGCAUGGCCAAAUCUAGUAGAGCUACUUUGGCUCUGCUCAUCUACGGGAUCUUAAUGCGCUACAGCGCCCAAUGCACACCCAUCGGAAUGGGCUUCCCCAACAUGAGGCUAGAAAACGACGUGUUUGGGGACGAGGGAAACUCGUUAAGUGAGCUCUCCUAUGAGCCGGACACGAUGAGCGCGCGCAGUGCUCCAGCCCUCCCGGAGGACGCGUACACACUGUAUUACCCUCCCGAGAGAAGAGCCGAAACGCAUGCAGACGGAUUGUUAGAUAGAGCCUUGAGGGACAUCCUGGUUCAGUUAUCAGCCCGAAAAUAUCUGCAUUCUCUGACGGCAGUUCGUGUAGGUGAGGAAGAAGAGGACGAGGAAGACUCGGAGCCACUGUCGAAGCGCCACUCGGACGGCAUUUUCACGGACAGCUACAGCCGCUACCGGAAACAAAUGGCCGUAAAAAAAUACCUUGCAGCAGUGCUGGGAAGAAGGUACAGACAGAGGUUUAGAAACAAAGGACGCCGCUUUGCUUAUUUGUAGCGCGCACGCGCGCGCGCGCGAGAGAGAGAAUAGAGCAACUGCCCUCCCUUGUGUCCAUUCAAUCAUACAGUCAAAAAGUCAUUCUAACUUAAAACUGAGCAGUCGGUGGAUCUCGCCUGUGUUCUUUUAAACAUGUAUUUUAUGUACGAAGUCAAGCCAUUAAAAAUAUUUUAGUAAGAACAUGUUUUUUUUGUUCCUUUUUUUGUACAAAAGCACUUGAGACCGCACAGUUCUACUUUGUGGACCAAUC